AUGUUGAAUUUCUUGGAGAAACCUUAUUAUAUUUGCAGUAAGAAAUUGUUCCUCAUUGCCUUUGCUGUGAUUGCAGCUGUCGCUGCUGACGUCAGCCAUUUGCCCUCCAACGAAUACUUGCCACCCCAGCAAGUUUCUGUGGCCCCUGUAGCCCCUCAGCCCAGCAACGAAUACUUGCCCCCUGUUCAACAACAACAACAAGAGGUCCCAGUUGUUGAAGCCGCCCCCGCUCACGAAUUGGCCGAUGAUGGCUACCGUUACAAGACCCACCGUCGCGUUGUCUACCGUCGUCAUCGUCGUGAUGUCAGCCACUUGCCUUCCAACGAAUACUUGCCCCCUGUCCAACAAGAAGCCGCCCCUGUCUACGAACCUGCUCCCGUAGAACAAGUGUCUGUUGUUGCCCAAGAAGCUGCCCCCGCCCAUGAAUUGGCCGAUGAUGGUUACCGUUACAAGACCCACCGUCGCGUUGUCUAUCGUCGCAACCGUCGUGAUGUCAGCCACUUGCCCUCCAACGAAUACUUGCCCCCUGUCCAACAAGAAGCCGCCCCUGUCUACGAACCUGCCCCCGUAGAACAAGUUUCUGUUGUUGCCCAAGAAGCUGCCCCCGCCCAUGAAUUGGCCGAUGAUGGUUACCGUUACAAGACUCACCGUCGUGUUGUCUACCGUCGCAACCGUCGUGAUGUCAGCCACUUGCCCUCCAACGAAUACUUGCCUCCCCAACAAGAAGCCGCCCCCGUUGCCGCUCCCACCAACGAAUACUUGCCCCCUGUCCAAGCUGAUGCUGAACCCGCUCAUGAAGUAGCUGCCGAUGGUUACCGUUACAAGACCCACCGUCGCGUUGUCUACCGUCGCAACCGUCGUGAUGUCAGCCACUUGCCCUCCAACGAAUACUUGCCUCCCCAACAAGAAGCCACCCCAGUUUACGAACCUGCUCCCGUAGAACAAGUUCCUGUUGCCGUUCAAGAACCCGAGCCCGCCCAUGAAUUGGCCGAUGAUGGUUACCGUUACAAGACCCACCGUCGUGUUGUCUACCGUCGCAACCGUCGUGAUGUCAGCCACUUGCCCUCCAACGAAUACUUGCCCCCUGUCCAACAAGAAGCCGCCCCUGUCUACGAACCUGCCCCCGUAGAACAAGUUUCUGUUGUUGCUCAAGAAGCUGCCCCCGCCCAUGAAUUGGCCGAUGAUGGUUACCGUUACAAGACCCACCGUCGUGUUGUCUACCGCCGCAACCGUCGUGAUGUCAGCCACUUGCCCUCCAACGAAUACUUGCCUCCCCAACAAGAAGCCGCCCCCGUUGCUGCUCCCACCAACGAAUACUUGCCCCCCGUUCAAGCUGAUGCUGAACCCGCUCAUGAAGUAGCUGCCGAUGGUUACCGUUACAAGACCCACCGUCGCGUUGUCUACCGCCGCAACCGUCGUGAUGUCAGCCACUUGCCCUCCAACGAAUACUUGCCUCCUGUCCAACAAGAAGCCGCCCCUGUCUACGAACCUGCCCCCGUAGAACAAGUGUCUGUUGUUGCCCAAGAAGCUGCCCCCGCCCAUGAAUUGGCCGAUGAUGGUUACCGCUACAAGACCCACCGUCGCGUUGUCUACCGUCGCCACUAA